CUCUCACCAUGACAACCAGCGGCUUAAAAAAAAAAAUAUAUAUCACGUGACUCCGAGGUCGAGCCUUCACGUCCUGAGCUCUCGCGCGAGCUCGAAGUCUCGCGCGAAGUAAAGUCGAGGCGUAAGGAGCGAAGACGAUGGCGGAAGAACUAGCAAAGCAACUUGCAAGCUACAGAGCCCAGCUGAACCAGGUGGAGACUGCAUUAAACUAUAAUCCAGAAAAUGAGGAUUUACAGAAGCUAAAGAAGGAUUUACAGGAAAUCAUCGAAUUGACUAAAGAUCUCCUGUCGUCCCAAACAUCAGAAGCCCCCGAAAAUUUUGAUGACAUCACCUCAGCCAGCGGCACCCUUUCCUGGAAGGUUGGGGACAGAUGUAUGUCUAUUUGGACGGAGGACGGGCAGCUUUACGAGGCGGAGAUUGAGGAGAUAGACGAAGAGAAUGGGACUGCCGCCAUUACUUUCCUUGGUUAUGGAAAUGCAGAAGUCACCUCUCUGCUAAACCUGAAACCUGUGGACGAGGGCAGGAAAGCGAAGGAAGACAGCGGCAGCUUACCUAUGUCUAAAAAAGAAAUGAUCGCCCAGCAGAGAGAAUAUAAAAAGAAGAAAGCUUUGAAGAAAGCGCAGAGGAUAAAGGAAUUGGAGCAGGAACGUGAGGAUCAGAAAUCAAAGUGGCAGCAGUUCAAUAACAAGGCAUAUUCGAAGAACAAGAAAGGACAGGUGAAGAGAAGCAUUUUCGCCUCACCCGAGAGCGUCACCGGCAAGGUUGGAGUUGGCACAUGCGGCAUCGCAGACAAACCAAUGACCCAGUAUCAAGACACUUCCAAAUACAACGUUCGGCAUUUGAUGCCCCAGUAACGCAGAGGAGACCUUUUAGGCUGCCAUCUUCCUUUUUAUUGUUAUAUUUUUCUAAAACUAAAUUAUUUCUUGUCGUAUGAGGAUUAGCACGACUCCAUUUUUCAUUAUUUUGGUCUAAAGGCUUCAAGACCUCGGUUACUGGAAUGUCUGGUUUUGUUGUUGUCUAGAACCUGCGCCUCUUGUCAUGAUGUGUAAGGGGCAACGUAGGCAAGUGUUAUCUGAUGGAAGCAAUUCACACCGAAUAUUAUGUUUCUGUAAUGUCCACGUGGUCCACAGGCCAUGAAAGUGUAAACCUAAAAAAUCGGAACCAGUGGUGGAAUAAUGAACGUUCUGUAAGUGACACCGAUAAUAAGCAAAUUCUGUGAAAUCUGCUAAAAAAUCUGCCUAGUACUGCAGGCUGUGGUGCAACAUCUGAUCCUGCAGGACUGGUGACUAAAAGGGAUUGUUUAGUUUUAUGUAAUUCAAGCAAAAUCCUUGUAGGAUAAAAAAAAAUACUGCACCUUUCUAAUAGACCUUAGGGUUGAGUUUCUUUUCAGGAUCCUUACUUGCUGUAAGUGAACUAUACUGCUCACAGUUCAGGGUUAAACGGGUAUUCCAGGAAAAAACGUUAGAUAUAUAUAUAUAUAUAUCUAUAUAUCUAUCUGGAGCCAAUUUAAAUAUAUAUUUAAAUUGGCUCCAGAAAUUUAAACAGAUUUGUAAAUUACUUCUAUUAAAAAAUCUUAAUCCUUCCAAUAAUUAUCAGCUGCUGAAGUUGAGUUGUUCUUUUCUGUCUGGCAACAGUGCUCUCUGCUGACAUCUCUGCUUGUCUCGGGAACUGCACAGAGUAGAAGAGGUUUGCUAUGGGGAUUUGCUUCUACUCUUGACAGUUCCCGAGACAGGGGUCAUCAGAGAGCCCUUAGACAGAAAAGAACAACUCAACUUCAGCAGCUCAUAAGUACUGAAAGGAUUAAGAUUUCUUUUUUAUAGAAGAAAUUUACAAAUCUCUUUCUUUUUGGAGCCAGUUGAUAGGUAGAGAUAGAUAG